AUGGAUGGCGAAUUGGCACGAUCUAGAGGGACAGAGUUUGAGGAAGAGCACAUGGACCGUAAGGAGAUCGACUCAACUCAUAUGAGUGCAAACCAGGAUAGCAGGCCAGAGACUGAUGGUAGUGUCGUCGAAGUUGAUGAAAAUGAAAGCAUGACUUUAGCCGACCAACGGGAAAGUCUCUCUAAGAUAUACGAAGAAUCCAAAAAAGAGGCCAAAGAAGGUGAUCCUGUAUAUGUAAUACCUUCUUUAUGGUUUGACGAAUUCCUGGAUCCUGUAAAUACCGAAAAAUCCGCUUUGGGUCCGCUGAAUACCAGCACUAUUUGUCGCGAUUAUGAAAACUUCGUUUUGGCCGACUACAACUCAAAUCCGUACCUUUCAGUGCCGCAGAGUAUUUUUGAAAAGCUUCGGGAGUGGUAUGGACUUUCUGCCGGCUCUAAGCCUUUAAAAACAGUGUUAGUCAAGGAUGAAAAUGGUCAGCUCGCUCCUGAGUACGAUCGCUGCUACGUUAGAAUACAUCUAUUGAAACAAAAUUCGGCAACAAGGUUUUCGGGUAGUAUCACCAAACCGCUGUUUUUCACUAUUUCUAAAUUGAGCACUUUAAGAAAAGCCAUACAAAAGUGUCUCAAGGUGCUGGAAGAUCACGAAUCUGAUCUCGACCUAAGAACACAUCGGUUCAGAAUUUGGCAGGCUCAAGCUUCCCAACACCUUGGUCAAGGCUCGCAGCUGUCACAAUGUUAUCUUUUGGAUCCUUUGGCGUUCGCUAAACUUCCGCUAAAACAGAGACUUCGCCCUGAGUCCUUCGAUGAAUCUGUCCGAGACUUGAACACUCCUGUUCUAGACCUUGUUGCGGAAUUUAAGCUCUUCGACUCGGGAGAGCACUGGCCAUCAAAUUACUACUAUCACAAUAAGCUUCGCCCUCCAAGCGGAACAGUAGGUCUCUCAAACCUGGGGAACAGUUGCUACAUGAACUCAGCACUUCAAUGCCUCGUUCAUAUCCCUGAACUGAGGGAUUAUUUCCUAUAUGGAAACGUUGAGCAUGAAAUAAAUACGAGUAAUCCAUUAGGUUACGGUGGCCAGAUAGCCAGAAAUUUCGCUUCAUUGAUAAAAUCACUAUUUGACGAACAGCAUCCAAACCUUUCCACAUUUCUACCACGAGCAUUCAAAUCUACGUUAGGACACCAUAAUUCAAUGUUUUCCGGGUACCUACAACAAGACUCGCAGGAAUUCUUAGCAUUUCUGUUAGAUGGGUUGCACGAGGACUUGAACAGGAUUGUGAACAAACCGUUUGUUGAAAAACCAGAGCUUUCCUUGGAUGAUGACGUCAACGAUGCAAAGACAAUAAGUCGUCUAGCCAAUGCAACUAAGGAAAAGCACAAGUUAAGAAAUGAUUCGGUUAUCAAUGACCUUUUCGCCGGAUUGUAUAAAUCCACCCUUACUUGUCCGGUUUGUCAAAUAGUAUCCGUUACAUUUGAUCCCUUCAGUGACUUGACACUCCCUCUCCCCGUUGAGAGUUUCUGGAACAGCAAAGUGCUACUAUUUCCUCAAAACUCGCCGCCUUGUGUGAUUGAGGUUGAACUAGCCAAAGGUUCAAACUAUCAGGACCUUAAGCGCUAUGUUGCGAAAGCCGCGGAUCUGAAAGUCGAAAGCUUGGUAGGCGCAGAAGUUUUCAAUCAUGCCUUCUACAAUAACUACGAAUCCGCAACUUCUGACUCAAAAUACCUUCCGAUCAAUGACCUGGCCUCUGAGGGGGAUACGAUUGUCUUCUACGAACUAACUCGUAAUCCAAAUACUGUUAUCGUUCCUGUUCUAAACACCAAAAUUGAAGAAGGUUUUCGUAGUCCAAAGUUGUUUGGCUAUCCGUUUUUUAUCACUUUAUCAAAAGACGAUCUAAACUGCUACGGUUCAAUCAGAAAGCAGCUGAAGAAACACUAUGCAAAUUUGAGCGGAAACUUUACCGCCUUUCUAACACCAGCAGCCACGGAACAUUCCAGAGCAGAGCCAUCGGAACUAUUGAAGAAAAAGUAUCCGAACGUGGAUUUCACCAAUUUCAGAAAGGACAUUGAAACCGCUUUUCCGGGCAUUCCAAUCGAGGACUUUUUCUCAAUAAAGGUCCUGAAUGGCCUCACACAAAAUGAUUCCUGUUUAAGUUCGGUCGAUACUUUAGAAUUAUGUGCCCCAGGUCCUCGAGUCAAUUUGAACGCCAGCAUUGAUGUAACAACGCUAAUGAAUAAUGUUACGAAAGACAUAUACGAUUAUCAGAAUCUGGUCAAUCAAAAAGAAGAAAUUGAAGAUUAUUCCUUGUCGAUAAAUCAGCAAGAAGAUGUUACGAAACAUGACGUGGAGGACGGAAGUCAAUCAGAUAUGGAUGUUGACAAUGAUUGUAAUUCCGCACCCGUUGAAGAGAAGUCAGAAGAGAAUAAGGAAACUGCUGAUGAGGAAACUUUCUCACAGCCUAUAUUAGUCGGGCCAGGACAAGCAUUAGUAUGCCAAUGGGAAAGUGCUGCGGUGGACAAAGUAUUUUCGAACGAGUCAGAGUUCUCGUGGGACAGACCCGCUGAACUCAGAAACUCAGAACUAGAGGCCGCUCAAGAAGAAAGAAGUAAGCAAAGCAGGAAGCAAAUAACGAUUGAGGACUGUCUGAACUUCUUCUCCAAGCCAGAAGUUUUGGGAACAGCAGAUUCUUGGUACUGUCCUCGCUGCAGAGAGCACAGACAGGCCACCAAACAAAUUCAACUUUGGGAAACCCCUGAAGUUCUGAUAAUGCAUUUGAAAAGAUUCGAAAAUCGCGAUUCAUUCAGCGACAAGAUCGCUGAUGUAGUAACCUUCCCAAUAACAGGUCUCGAUAUGUCAUCCCACCUAGCAAGCGAAAAAGACAAAGGAAGUGAUAUAUAUGACUUGAUUGCUGUCGACAAUCAUUAUGGAGGGCUCGGUGGUGGUCAUUACACAGCGUAUGCGAAAAACUGGGAGGAUAACAAGUGGUAUUACUUUGAUGAUUCGCGAGUGACGGAGACAGAUUGCGAACGAUCAGUUUCCGAAGCGGCAUAUCUUUUGUUCUAUCGGCGCCGAGCGAUUGGCUCAACUAAUGAAACCUUCAAAGUACAAGAGCAACUAUCUGUUUGGCGCGAAGAGCACAACCUAAAAAUCGUCAAGUUCAAUGAGAAACAGGCAGAGUUCUUUCAGGAGAAUCCAUCUGAUGAGGACGAGAAUGAGGACGUGAGGGAGGAUGUGGGCAAUUUUCAAAGUUUGGGUACUGGUAAGGGUCUCUCUCACUGCGUUGCAAGUUUAGAAGUUGGUAGCUCACCUUUGGAUUCAUGUCCAGACGAGAAUGAUGGCAGAAGAAAGUUGAGAUUACUGCAUAAGAACUACACGAGUGCAUUACCCAAUAAUUUAUAG